AUGCAUGUCGCUACUGCGACCGCCGCCACAGCCGAAGGCAAGCACAUUCACCAGCGGCCAGACCUCGCCACGCGGCAUGAGAAAACACUUCAUAUCGACCAAUAUGGCCCGCCAGACCGCACACAGCAGCAAAGCCCCCUGACCGGACCACAGACCUUGUCACCGGACUCACCGCCGUCCGGCAGUGCAGCGUCGCCGUCGCAGGUGGUGGGAGAGGUUGAGAGCCAAGCGAGUACGGCGACGACAUCUCAACCUGCCGAGAAUGUUUCAGAGGCCGAGGCAUGGACUGCGCUGCUCGGACUGGAUGGCUUCGACCCCUUUUCCUACGAUGGCUCUCUGAAUGAGUUCACCUUCCUGGCCUCCUCCGCCACUGGGCCCGAAGUCCCCACAGUCCGAAUCUCGGACGCCGUGAUCUCGAGCCUCAGGUCCUCGCUCGGCCCGGAAGACCGCCAGACCCCGACGCCAGCUGCACUACGACUGUUCCUCGGGACCUACUUUGACGUGUUCAACGUGCACAUGCCCCUGCUGCACGCUCCGUCCUUCGAUUUCGACAGCCAGCCCCACGGUCUGCUCCUCGCCAUUCUCCGAGCUUCCGUAUGCGUCAAGGUGGGUACUCCACGGUUGACGGUCAGGGGUCUGGGGAGCUUGCAGUGGCUAGGAGGGGAUGUUUAA